AUGGAGAUCAUGACGGAGGCUGCUAGUGGCUACUGUGGGCACUGCUUCUGCAUUGGCUGCUUUGGCUGCUCCUUGAGUUCCUCUUUUAGCUGCCCAACGUGCCGCGAGCCAGUUGUGGACCUGGUCCGACAGUUUACCGUGGAACAGGUUGCCGCACACAUCCCUAUCUUGAAGGAUGUGGCGCUGCAAGUCGGGGUAGCACUUGCGCAGAAGGAGCUUGAGCUGGACUCGAGCAGGCGUGGCUUGAUGGAGCUGGAGAUGUACAAAGAGAAGGCGCUGCGUUUGGAAGCGGAGCUGCAAGAAGCGAGCCUCCGCUUUGCCCAGCUGCGCGAACAAUGCGAGUCCGUCGCCGCGCUGCAGAAGCGAACCGAGGAGGAUGUGGAGGAAUUGCAAAAGCAGAAUCUGCAGCUGCGCGAGGAGUUGCAGCUCCUGCGUGAGCAGGAGGGGAAGUCAGAGGCGACUCUGCAGAAGACAAAGCUUCUGGAGGAUGCUGUCGUCAACAUGAUGGAGCACACUCACAGCAUGCUCAACGUGGCCAUCGGUGCUGGCUGGCAGGAGCUCUGCGAGCCAAUGUCCCAAGAGGAGGCCUUGCGGAAGAUGGGCUUGCCAUCUGCGUCCACUGCGACUUGCUCAAUCGUCGAGUUUGGAGUGGUUCGGGAAUACCUGCAGGACAUGGGCCAGGAGUGCAUGGGCAACAUGUCCCUUGGCAUUUCCCAAGACCUGCGGUUCAAACUGGAGUAUUACGGCUCCAACCAGCACGGCUUCAACGAGGUUGAGAUUGAAGGCCGAGUGCGAGUGGAAGGCCGUCAGCUUACAUUCCUGGGAGUGCGCUCGGCGUCCUCCCGGUGCUACGAUGGUGAGCAAGGCCCGGAUGGACUGUCCGAAGAGGUGGCGCUGCCUCCUUUGCAAGGCGUAGUCUGCAGCCGCGGUGACAGCACCUGGUGCCGUGGUGCAGGGAAAUUUGAAAAUUGGAGAGCAGCCGUACGCCGUAUGUGA